AUGGCGACGGCUUCUCAUUCCUCAACCAACCGUCUCAUCAAACCUUUAUUCAUCCGCUCAUUUUCCACAUUCGCACCAAAAAUUCAGCCGAACCCAUUUUAUAAGAAGACAAUGCUCCAGAGAGCGGUCCCUCGAACCGGGCCGGUAGGCCCACGCCCGGAUGAUAGCGUCGGGCUUCGAACCCACGGUCUUCGUAGCCAACUGUUUGUUGAAGAUGUACAUAAGAUGCUCCCGUUUGGAUACCGCUAUAUGUGGAAAAAUGGAUAUGGCCCAAUCGAGAGGGAUGUGAUUUUGUGGAACUCUCUAUUCACAAAAUUCGCCCCUGGAUCAUGGGGAAAGAAGGUGCACUGUGUUGUGGUCAAGUCGGGAUUCGAGGAUGAUGUGGUGAUGGGUAGUGCGGUUUUGGAUAUGUACGCAAAAUGCAAGAAUUUGGACGAGUCCCUACGCUUUUUUCACACGAUGCCAUUCCAUAACGCGUCAAUCACAGUUUACGCCAGAAGUCAUCGUGGGUUCGAAGGUUUCGAGUUGUUUAUACAUUUAUUGAGGUCCGGUCUCAGUUUUGACGAAAGAAGCCUCUCGGGCGCAUUCAGUGCGUGUGCAGAAGCUCGUCAAGUAUUUGACGAGAUGGAAGUAAGAGAUGCCGUGUCUUGGAAUUCUGUCAUUGCAGCUUGUGAACAGAACAAAAACGACGAGACCUUGUCGCUAUUUGUUUCCAUGCUUCGGUUGAGGAUGGAGCCAGACGAGUUCACGUUUGGGAGCGUAAUAAAAUCCUGUGCAAGAGAACGAGCUUUGGGUCAUGGGAAGAAAGUUCACGGGCGGGUGAUUAAGUCCGAGUUGGGAAAAGACUCGUUCUUGGGGAGCGUGCUAGUCAUGGCGUGCGUGUACGCUCACCACGGGCUCGGUCGAGAAGCUCGAGGGAAUAGUCCCGAACCACGCAACUUUCGUGGAGGUCCUUUGAGCGUGUGGGCACAUUAG